GCUUGACUGCUACUAGAAUAUCAGAUUGUAUUUCUUAAUAUUUGAAUGUUACAGUAACGUAAUUGUACACUGUACUGUAGUUCAGUAGAUUAAUCUGAUUAUAAACUAAGAAUGGCAGAAGCAGAUUAUGACAUAUCUGAACUGUCAGAUAUGUUUGAAAAGGCUGCAAAUCAUUUAAAAUCAAUCAUUGGUAAGUUAGAAAGUAAGCACCUUCUAGAGCUAUAUGGAUUUUAUAAGCAGGCUACAGAGGGACCAUGUAAUACUCCUAAACCCUGCUGGUAUGAGAUGCAAGCCAAGCAGAAGUGGGAAGCAUGGCGUGUGUUAGGAGAUAUGACGUGUGAGGCUGCAAUGAAAAGUUACAUACAGCUAAUUUCAGAGCUAGAUCAUGGCUGGAGAGAGGCAAGUUUAAGUUCAGAAGGAAAUGGAGGUAAUGGUGGGAAAAAUGGUUGGGUUGCGGUUAGCCGUUUGUCCAACACAGAUGAGCAUUUAGAUGAUGCAGAUAAAACAAUUUUUGAUUGGGUAAAAGAGGGUAACGUAGAAAAAGUUCAGGAGUUUUCUCAGAAGUCUUCAUUAGCCGAUCCUAAUAUUAUAGAUUCAGAAGGAAUGGGGCUCAUUCAUUGGGCAGCUGAUCGAGGAAAUCUUGCAGUGUUAAAAUGUUUGGUUAAUGAUGUAAUGGUGAAUGUUGACAUGAAGGAUGGAGACAGACAGACAGCAUUGCAUUAUGCAGCUUCCUGUGGACAUGCAGAUGUUGUCCAAUUUCUUUUGGAUAAUGGGGCAGACCCUAAUGUUACUGACGUAGAUGGUGCAUUACCCAUUGAUGUUGCAUCAUGCAGUGAAAUUGUAGAAUCUUUGAAUAAAGUAGAUUGAAGAUUUGUUCACAUAAGUCUGUAAUUAGGUUGUAUGAGGUUGAACAAAUAAAUUUUUAGUGUUAUCAAGA